AUGGCGAUCAGAAGUUCGAUUCGUCGGCUAGCCCAAUCAGCGGCUGCCGCGUCAGCCGCGAACUCCGGUCGAUCUGGAGCAGCGACCGUGCUCGCCGCAUCCGCCGUAUCCGUUGCCGCGAUCGCAGCCGUAGAUUCACGCAUCGCAAGAUCUGACGACUCCGCGGAUCCGGCGGAUCGGCAGAACUUGGCCUCAGUGGCUUCCGCGGGAUCGUUCUGGGGGAACAUGCUGGGCAUUCGCGGAGGCGCAGGCGGAGCUGGCGGAGAGCCUUCCGCAGAUCACCCCCCCGCGCCGGGACCUGCGCCCGGGGGCCUUCCGCCGGGAGGAUCUGGCGCAAGCGUUGGGGCCGGAAGCGCGGCCGCGGGGGAGGGAUCGCAGCGGCAGCGGAAUGACAAUCCCAACCCGCGCACGACGGCGGCGGGAUUCGAUCCCGAGGCUUUGGAACGCGGGGCGAAGGCUCUGAGGGAGAUCAACAAGUCAGCUAGUGCGAAGCAGGUGUUUGAGAUCAUGCGCAAGCAGGAGGAUGUGCGCCUAGCGGAGGAGAAGGCGCGGAUCGCGGAGCUGGAGGUGCACCGGCAGCAGCAGGAGACGGCGCGGCAGAAGCUAAUGUACGAGGAGCAGCAGAAGCUGGUGGCGCAGCAGGCGCAGACCAAGGCGCAGCUCGCGCGGUACGAAGACGAGCUCGUGCGGAAGAGGAUGCAGGCGGAGCACGAGGCGCAGAGGGCGAGGAACGCAGAGCUGGUGAAAAUGCAGGAGGAGUCGAGCGUGAGGCAGGAGCAGAUCCGACGGGCCACAGAGGAAGAGAUUCAGCAGCAGAAGCGACAAACGGAGUUGGAGAUGGCAGCAAUCGAGAGGGAGACGCUGAAGCAGAAGGCUCUGGCGGAGGCAGAGGCGCGGGCGCACGCGGCAAGACUGAGUGCUGCUGAAACUGCUGUUUCUGCUAAUUCUCUUACUCCCUGCCCUACCCUGCUGCUGCCCAUUGCUCUCGUGGACCCCCUCCCACUGCCCCCACCCCCCUCUCCCCUUCUGAACACGCAGAUUCAGCAGCAGAAGCGACAAACCGAGCUAGAAAUGGCGGCAAUCGAGAGGGAGACGCUGAAGCAGAAGGCCCUGGCGGAGGCAGAGGCACGGGCGCACGAGGCGCGGCUGAGUGAGGACGUGAACAGACGGCUGCUGCUGGAGAAGAGCAAAGCGGAGACUGAGAAGUGGGUCAGCGCUAUUAACACCACGUUUGGGCAUAUUGGAGGUGGUAUCAGAGCGUUGCUGACGGAUCAGAACAAAAUGGUGGUGACGGUGGCUGGAGUGACUGCGCUGGCUGCUGGCAUCUACACCACCAGGGAGGGUGCGAGGGUGGUGUGGCAUUACAUUGAUCGCCUCUUGGGACAGCCUUCACUCGUGCGGGAGUCCUCAAGGGGGCCCUACCCCUGGUCGCGCAGCCUCAGGCGCCUCUCCUCUGCUUUGGCUGCUCCCUUCUCCCGCGUCCCUGCUGCCACUCCCGGAACUGCUGCUGCCGGAGCAGUAACAGCAGAGGCAGCAGCAGCAGGAGCAGGAGGAGCAGCGGCCUCAGCUCUGAUGAAAUCAGGUCGAGGGUUUGGCGAUGUGAUUCUGCACCCAUCGCUGCACCACCGCAUUCGCCAGCUCGCUGCUGCCACGGCCAACACCAAGCGCCACGGCGCGCCGUUCAGAAACAUGCUCUUUUUUGGUCCCCCUGGCACUGGCAAGACCAUGGCUGCUAAAGAGCUCGCAAGGCAAUCGGGGCUGGAUUAUGCGUUGAUGACAGGAGGAGACGUGGCGCCUCUAGGGCCGCAGGCUGUGACCAAGAUUCAUCAGAUGUUUGACUGGGCGGCGCACACCAAGCGCGGGCUGCUACUGUUCAUCGACGAGGCGGACGCCUUCUUGUGCGAGCGCAACAAGAUCACCAUGAGUGAGGCGCAGCGCUCCGCCCUCAACGCCAUGCUCUUCCGCACGGGCGACCAAUCCUGUGACACCCAUUUGGUGUUGCUUCCCUUUUACUUGCUGCUGCAUAUGAGUGUGUGUCUCCCUCCCUCCCUCCCUCCCUCCCUCCCUCCCUCCCUCCCUCCCUCCCUCCCUCCCUCCCUCCCUCCCUCCCUCCCUCCCUCACUCCCUCCCUCCCUCCCUCCCUCCCUCACUCCCUCCCUCCCUCCCUCCCUCCCUCCCUCCCUCCCUCACUCCCUCCCUCCCUCCCUCCCUCCCUCACUCCCUCCCUCCCUCCCUCCCUCACUCCCUCCCUCUCUCCCUCCCUCCCUCACUCCCUCCCUCCCUCCCUCCCUCACUCCCUCCCUCCCUCCCUCCCUCACUCCCUCCCUCCCUCCCUCCCUCACUCCCUCCCUCCCUCCCUCUGUGCAUGCCUCGCCCACCAGGCGCAACAAGAUCACCAUGAGUGAGGCCCAACGCUCCGCCCUGAACGCCAUGCUCUUCCGAACGGGCGACCAAUCGCGCGACAUCGUGCUUGUACUCGCUACAAACAGACCCGAGGAUCUGGAUAGCGCAGUCACGGACCGAAUCGACGAAAUGAUGGAGUUUCCGCUGCCGAGGGAGGAGGAGCGGUUCCGCCUUCUCCAGCUGUACCUCCACCGCUACGUGACAAACUCGCAGGACGGCAGGAAGUGGUGGAAGCGGGGCGGCGGCGGGAUCGCCGCAGCGUUCCGGAAACAGGAGAAGAUUGAGGUGAAAGGGAUUUCGGAGGAUGUUUUGAGGGAUGCUGCGAGGAAGAUGGAGGGGUUUUCGGGCCGUGAGAUUGCGAAGUUUAUGGCGAGUGUGCGGGGGGCUGUGUACGGGAGCAAGGAGAGUGUGUUGGAUGCGCAGUUGUUUCUAGAAGUGGUGGAUUAUAAGGUGGCUGAGCACCGGCAGAGGCGGGAUCUGGUGGCUGGGAAGGGCUGGGAAGCACCCGGGGAGGAUGGGAGCGUUGCAGGUGAAAAGAAGGCGGAGUAG